AUGUUUAAAAAAAAUUUACUUAUCUAUCUAGCCAUCGGAUUUUUGAUACUAGGCUGUUUUAUAAACCAAGUCGAGGCUCGUCGUAAAAUUUUACGUGGAAGAAAAACAAUUACGCGUCAAUAUUACCGUGGUCUUGCUAUACCAGCGUGGUCAAUUGUGGUCUUAACUGGCUUAGCGAUGUUAACAGUAGGCGGUGGACUCUAUGUGGCGCUUAAAAAAAUAGUUGUCGACAGUUCUGACGAUGGAACAACAAAUUCUUAUCAUCCAGCUAUUCAAGAUGAUGUAUAG